AUGAGGGGAUCGUUGAGGUUGGAUAGAGCUCUCAACUACAGGAUUAUGUACCUUCCUCAAGCUACGUUUAACUUUUUCAAGUUCAAUCUGAGGAUCUUCAACAAUGUUCACUUUGCGUUUGGAACUGUAAGAGGGAACGGGACUAAACAAACUGGUAAAGGAAUGGCUUCCUCGAAGUUUUGUCUUAAUAUCGCUGGUGACACUCCUUCCUCUAAUCGUCUUUUCGAUGCCAUCGUGAGUCAUUGUGUUCCUGUUAUAAUAAGUGAUCAGAUUGAGCUUCCGUUUGAAGAUACUCUAGACUAUUCGAGUUUCUCAGUGUUUGUGCAUUCCUCUGAAGCUGUAAAGAAAGGGGUUUUGGUGAAUCUUCUCAGAGGGGUUAGAGAGGAUCAGUGGAAGAAGAAGUGGGAGAGACUGAAAGAGGUUGUUGAAUGUUUCGAGUAUCGGUUCCCUUCUCGUCCUGGAGAUUCUGUGGAUAUGAUUUGGUCAGCUGUUUCUCAUAAGCUUUCUUCACUUCAGUUUGAUGUUCAUAGAAAGAAUCGGUACCGUAGAUCUGAUAUUUUUGAUAAAACCCGAUCAGAAAGGUGAAAAAUACUAGUUGAACAAAACCCAUUUUCUCUUCAUUCUUCAUGUCUGUAUUGUUUUCUUGAAUGGGAGAUGUAGUUUUGCCUGCGGGGCAACCUUAGAACUUAAACUUUAGAAGGCUUCAUCCAAAAAGAGUGUGUUGUAAAUGAUGAAAGGAUACCAUUCUAAAAUAAUCACAGAUUCAUAUAAAAAAAAAGUUUAAUA